UCUUACUUUUACUUCCGGGCACCGCCAUGAUGCCAACAGAUAAGCAAGCUUCUUCUUUUUCUUUUCCUUGUGUUUUUUAUUGAUAAUCAGCAAACUGAAAAAGCUAACUGCACAGAAAAUAGCCGACAGCCAUAACGCAGGUAUAAGCGCAGCCCCUAGAACACCUACCCGCUCCACCUAGCGUCAGCCAGAAAGUUUCUAACCCAACAAUCACUGAGAUCAAUGUUAAAGCUCUAGCUUAAUGUUACUUUAACGCUCUCUGAUUCAGGAGGAUUAUACCCAUGGCAAGAUGUUACAAACUCAUAUGUGUUUAGUUGAAUUUUACAUAAAAUAGGAAACUAAAAGUAAAGGCAAUUUGUAAAAAAAAAAAAAAAAGAAAGAAGCGCGGGUUUGCAAGUGAAUAUGUAGAAGAGGAGGAGGACUGGAAGCAGCCAGCCCACACAAACCAGCCUGUAAGUUCUGUCCCUCUGCAGUUUCCUCCUACAUUUUCUCAGUGGUCAUUUUGUCAUUUUCUACAAACCAGUUGGCUGCCUCCACCUUCGCCUGCCCCGGCCCAGUUCGUGAAUUUCAGCUAGUCUUUCACUCUGUUCACUUGUUCCUCCAGCCAAGUCUGCAGCCCUCCCCCACAGCGUUCUGCACCUUGGAUUUCUUUGUGUGACACAUCAAACAGUUUGUAAUACAUCAGCUGGCAGGGUCGCCCUAACGGCUGCAUGUGGGGAAGAGUCCAGAAGUCAUCCGCCCAUGCAUGUGCAGUGCAAGAGUCGAGCACAGCAAACAAAUCCUUUAGCAGUUUUCUCGUGCAAAGAGAAACAGGCAUAUUAGCAUUUGGCAUCUUGCAUGUGAAACAUUUUAAUGAGGCCGUCUCAUUCUGCUCAGAUACACGGCCUCUCUACCAUUCACCCUCCGUCUCUGUCUUUCUCUCACACGCGCUGCACAAAUGCACAAGCUCUCCCUUAAAACUUGAAUUUCAGAGACAGAAGCGUCUGGAAUCUUUAUUUAUUUUUUAUUUUUUUCCCUUACAGCCUCCCACAGACGUCCUCGAACCUAUCAUUUUCUCUGCAGUGGAGCAUUGGUGACGUAUGCUCAUCGCUAAUGCAGCUGAAUUUUAAAAGGCUCUACGCCCACGCUCUGUAUCACUACUGCAGGCAUAAUAAUCAUAAACUUUCCUUUGCUGUCUGAAGCCACUCCGUGUCUGCGUGUGAUUCUUCAGACCUACUUAUUUGCAAAUGUUAAUUCAGCGUUGGUGAACAGAAAGGGGAGACGACUGGAGCUGAUAACCACCUGGUUGUGAGAGGGAGGGGGCUGUUUGGCAGCAUGUUCCUGUGCACGCUCUUGCACAGAUUCUCCUUUAUUGCUUGUCCAAACUGUUUGUUUGCACUGUGCAUAAUUCUCACAGACGUUUGGGAAAAAAAAAAUGCUGUUGGAGAUUAAUUUGGUCAAAAGCACCCUGAAAAUAUUUAUUACCCAGUAAGACAGUUUUUCAAAUCAGCCUUGGCAGGUUGCAGAGCUGUUUGUUGUUUUCUCUUAGAGAGAGCCACAACAGCUGAGUAAUCAGAAUCAGAGAAGCAACUGUGUUCCAAAAAAACAAACAAAAACUUAUUUAUUCACACUUUUUUCUUUGUAAAGAUGAAGCAAAGGUGUUUUUAAUUUUAAUCUGCAGCUAGGUUGUCAUGGUUUCAUAAUCAGCGAGGGAAUACCUCAUUAUAAUUAAAUGUGAUAGAUUUGGAGCUGCGGUGGACAAAUCUCAGCGAUGUGCACUAAAAAUUCAGCUUUCCACCUCCUGUUUAUUAAUAAUCGUCCUUUAAUGAAUUCACAUGGUCCGAUGGGUUUCAUCAGCUUUAUGAAUCGACGGAGAAGUGGAUAAAUGUAAGGAUUUAAAACGUCCGGGUUAGUUUAUGUGUACAUGCUCCCAUCAUAUCUCAGUACCUCCUAUGUGAAGCAAAUGGAAGAGAUGAGACAUGAGAUCUUAAGGUGUUUAUUUUUUUAUUGGCUCUCAUCAUUUUAAAUCAAUGUCAGUUAGUCGUGAUGUCAGCUGCAUCAUCUGGUCGGCGUCAUCCUUCAGAACCUCCCGGAAUAAUCCCUUGUCUUCCAGUUAGAUUGUCUGUAUGAUGCGUGACAUUGGAUUUUUGUCAAAGAUGCUGUAAAAAAACUAAUCCGAUCUUUUUCCUUCAUAAAUAUUUGAGGGAUUGAAAUAUCCUUUGAGAUGUUUUGAUGAGAUCGAUCUUCAUGUCAUAAGGAGAGAGCAGAAGGUACCUUUCAUCUGGGAUCAUUCAUUCUGAUCAGGAUACACAUUCCUCUUUUCUGAAAGGUGAUAUUUUAACUCCGUUUUGUAGCUUUUAGCUUAACAGACAGCAGCUGCCUUGAAACAAAAGCAAUAUAUAUAAUAUGAAGACAUAAUUAAAUAAUAGCUGAGCCUCAGGAGUUAGAGGAGGACCUCCUCCCAGCUACUUGAAGACAACACAACUGUUAUGUCCCGACAGGUGUUGUAACAUAUGGGGGGUAACAUAAGAACUGGCGGAGGAGUUUAAAAUGGGUUUAUUUGUAACAAAAAGGUAUUACACCACAAGCAAACAGAUCUCUCUAAAAGGUUAACAUUACACAGCAAAUUAUCAACUAUAAAACACCUGGUUAAAACUUAUUAAAAGCUUAACUGAACAGAAGGUGUUUUAAAAUCCCCAGAGUUGAUAACUGUUCCCAAAUCAAUACACUGACUAAAACACCUGGUAAAACUUAUUUUAAAAAGCUUUACCACACGAAGGGGUUUAAAAACCAAGGUCAGUAAAAUUACACAAACAAAGUUAACCUUAAAACCGAACACAAACAUCAAAAGAUCCCACUGGAUCAUCCCAAACUUAUCAUCAAGAGUUAAAAACUACCACAGUUUAAAACUCAAACGAAUCUAAACAAAAGGGGUUGAAACGAAACCAAACCAAACCAAACCAAACCAAACCAAACCAAACCAAAAACCAGGAGGACAGCAGAACCCCUGCACUGCUGCCUCCCAUACUGCGCUGGCAAUCAAGGAAGAUUCAGCUCAGCUGUGCUCCUCAGCAGCCCGGGAGAGAGGAGGAGGAGGGGCGGUGUCAGGCAGUUUCACCAGAGCUGGGUGAUCCUGGCUCCUGCCCUUCCCUGGCCAGACUGGCAACCGUAACAACAACACUCAUUUUAUGGACUAAAAGUCCACCACUAUCCUCUGUCCUGCUAGCCAAUGUCCGUGCUCUGCGCAAUAAAUCGGACGUGUAAAAUUAGAAUUUCAAAAUCAGGUUUUUCUGUCUUUAUCUCCCUAAAGGUUCUACUGCGUAUCACAGAGUUGUGUUAUUUACAACCGUUUCCAUUUGUGGGAUCACAUAAGAUUAUGAAUCAGUGUAUUUUACUUCCUGUCCUUCUUUCCUCAUAUUAUUAGUGUUCCUGUUUUUGUUGAAGUACUUGAGAAGCAGCAGAUUUUAGCUUGUUUAGCAGCUUUUAUUAGAUUUUCCUACAUCAGGGGUCCUCGACCACCAAGCCCAGGACUGAAGCUGAAUCACUUUUAAUUAACGUAAAACUUUUAAUUUUGGGACUUUGAUUGAAUGGUGAAAGUUUUGUAACUGUUUGUUACAAAUCAGUAAAUGCAUUUUGUCUUCAUGGGCACCCUUAGAAGGAAACAUGGCGAGACCCACUCCCAUGUAUUUUUAUGGUUAUAUGUUACAAAGUCGACACUAUUUUUCAACAACUGGGCAUCAUUUUGUUCAUUUUCAAACUACUCAUUGUCCCUUUACCACCUCUGAUUCACUGUACAAAGGGCAAAAAAAGACAGUUUGGCCUAUACCUUUGUAUUAUACAAUUUCAUUUCAUUUUAAUCCUUGCUAUUAGUAAUCUUGUUCAAUAACUAAUUAAUCAAUAACUAAUCAUUAUUAUUAAUACAACAAUAAUUAAUACUACUGUUUUGGUCUGACUGUAACAGAUCUUCCACCUGAAAUAUUUUACUUCCAAAAUCAUAAUUUUCAAAAUAAUCAGAAAUGUGAAAAUAAGCAGAUUUCAUAAUGUGCACCUCUGGACCAUGGACGACCUGUCAACAGCUUUUUGACAGGUCCUGCAUGCUAUGAGGCAGCAAAUGAGUUUUUGACAAUGUUGUCUUGUUGGUUGCAAUAUAUACAUUCACCACUAGAUGUCACCUCAUUCUGAGAACUGUGCUUUCAAAAAUUAACCUGGAAAAAUGAUGAUUUUAGCAACAACAUAACAAAAUGUAUACCUCUUUCUUAGAAACAGUAACUUUUAGGCAGUUGGAAAAGUCUGCACAUGAUUUGCUGCAGAGUAUUUUUUAUUGUUAAUGAUUUAGGGUUCAUUGGUAAUUAUGUCUAAUCAUAAAUGAGUACUGAUACAUCUAAUAGAAAAUAAAUUUGAGGUGCCAAGCAAAACAUAUAUAUCAGAAAUUAUUUUUAUUGUUGACUCACUCACUGCCAGCCGUUUCCUGAUCACUAACGGCCUUCGCUGCCAGCGUUCCUCACCGUUUUUACUGUUUUUUUAAGAGUCACAGAACGUUGCGCGCUAGCAUGAUGUCGAUGCCAAAACAACCAAAACAAAGAGGAGACUCACCUCUUACAUCAGGAAGAAGCCGCGUGUUUCGAGCGCUAUCCGUUCUUUCAUAAUCCGUUGUCGAAUUGUGAUCGGUAGACGCUUUUCUGGUUCGUGCCUCACUUUUUUUACAGGAACUGCCCAAAACGAUCUCCAAACACAUGGAUGUGUUGCUUCCUGAUCGUGUGAUGUGUGACGUAUGCAGAUGAAGAUCGGCUUUAGGGCUGAGAUGUUUGUUCUCUCACCGCGGGGGCUCGUUCCGAUGCUCAAACAGUAAAAAAAUGCAAAGGACGACUUUAGUCGUCAUUGGCAGUGAACGGUUGGAUCUGAAAUGGCGACUUUAGUCAUCAAUGGCAGUGAAUGAGUUAACUAUUAAGUGUGCUUAAGGUUAGGACAAAGGGCCAAGGGGAUGUGUUUGCUCAGUAUUGCAUUACUUAACAUUAAUAUUAAGCAGUUGUUAAUACUUAAUUUAAUAACAUAUUAAUGCUUAAUAAUGCAAUAAGUUAUGUUAAUAAAGGGACCAUUAUUGUAAAUUGUUACUGACUUCUUUCUUGAAAAAAGUAGAAUUAUUGAUGUUUCUUUGAUUCUUCCUUAAUUUACUUUGAUUUAUUUAAAAAAACAAAUCCAAUUUUGUCCAACAAGUAAAAAACCAUCUCAAAUCCUAAAGACGUGAUAAUGAAACCCUCUGGACAAAAGUCACGCAGGAACUGAUGAAGAAUUCAGAGCUCCUCUGGUCAGCCAUGACGCUUAUCACAGUUCAUAACUCUGUCCGACGAGGUCAGGCGUCCACUUACUGACAGCGAAUUUCUGAUAACUGAAUGAUUUCCUCUAGUUUCUUCACAGCAGCUCUCCUUUUUAAAUUCUCUACUUUCUCUUGUUUGCACAGUUUUAUAUUUACCGCAUGACAUAAGCACUUCUAGAAAGAAAUGAACAGUUUGUUGCUAUUAAACCAAAGUGAGACACCGUCACAAGUCUUUCUACGAACCUGUGACACAUCGCGGGGCAUUCACUGGUCGCUUCUGAAUGCAGUGGAAGGUAUCUGCUGCAGAUGCUUUUUUUUGGAAGUAGAUGACACUUAGACUCAACAGGUGUGAACCGUGCUGCUGUUGUGUUUGUGUGAAUGAAGUCAGCAACACCUUAUCAACAAAUUAGACACAACACUAGGCAAGCUGUAGCCGUGGUUGAGCGUUGCACAAGAAAUGGAGCCACCUUUAUUCUGAUGUUUGCCAUAGAGCGUUCAUAUAUGCACUACUGUCUUCCUCAAAAUGACUCAUGUUCUGAUACCGAGGGGUUAGGAAGCUCUACUCGUGUGGCUCGGAUGCGUCCUGCAAUCUGCUAGACGACACAGAAAUGUUCCACUCGUGGCGUCUGCAUCCUCGUAGAAACACACGAGUGCAUGCUGGCUGCCAUUCUGUUACAUCAGCUGUUCAGACAUAAUCAGUUCUAAUAAUAAUUCAGAAAAUACCACAAGCCCUGAAACAGCUUAAAGCCCUGGAGGUAAUUAAUGUAGCUGUGAAACUUUUCCCAUUCAGCCCUCCUUUUAACCCGGGGCUAAUUAUGAUAAGUGACUGCAGGAUGGAGAGAGAGACUGUUUCAUUUACACUAUUAACCCAUACGUGAUGUCACUUUAAUACAGCAGUUUUCUAACUUUCUGAAUAUCAUUAAUUGGAAAUAUUAAGUCCUAAAAGUAGAAAAACGAGAAGCCAGUUACACAAAUGAGGAAUGUGAUCUGCUGUUGCGCCUGACCCCUUUGUGCAACGACGUGUAGCUCUAAAUGUUUCCAAUUAAUGUUUAUCAGUCAUCCGAAUCUUCCUGUAGGAAGAUUCAACUAUAGCUUAGUUUGGAUAGUUUCCUUCUGAAUUUUCAUGUUCUAGUUAAAGAAAGAACAAGUCCAAACCAUGAUGCUACCACCUCACCAACCAGAAAAAAAACCCCAUCUGGUGUUGAAGCUGGGAUUCAGUAUUUUCUUUUGCAAGCAGUUCUUCUCAAUUAAAGAGAAAAAACACAGUAAAUCUAAUUUGGGCUGUUUGUUGCUGGCCAGUAACACCCGAGGUGCAUAAUGAUGUUCCAAAAUCUCUCCAGUUAAAUACACGACUGCUGAAGCUGAAACUAUUUAUAGAUAUUUUAUUAGUUCUUUAAUCCAUGAAAGCCUAAAUAACAGUUUUAAAGGCACCAAUUUGCACCUUAUUUUAUUCAAUUACCCAGUUCCCUUUAUUCAGUCACAUACAGUAAAGUGACCACAAUUGCUGGUUAUGCUUUUUUAUUUAUUUAAGGUUCUUGUAGAACCUUUGUGAGACCAAUGCAUUAAACACUCAAUCUCUUAUUUUCUUUACCGUUUAUUCCUCAGUAGAGGAGCUGGUGUCCAUCUCCAGCAGUCAUCAAGCGAGAGGUAAAGAACAUCAGGUCAUCCGUUCAUUUAAAGGUCACACAGAGACAAGCGGGACACACACCUGCCCACUCAGUCACACACAAGUUAGAGUUGCCAGUUAUCCUAAGCAUCAUGUUUCUGGUCAUUGGCAGAGAACCAAAUUCCCUGGAUUAAACACUUGCAUGCAUGGGGAGAACAUGCUGGGAUUCAAACCUGCAACCUUCUUGCUGCAAGACAGUGGUGCAACUUCUACCAUGCAACUCCAUCAUUUAUAAUCAAGAACAGAAAAUCGUAAUAAAUGGUGAAACCUGAUUUAAGCAGUACGUGUUGAAUAUCUGCUGCAGAAAGACAUUAUUUAGCAUUGGAAUAAAAUCAGUUUCACCGUCAUUGUUUAAAAUAUUUUUCUGAGAAUUAAUUUGGUGACAAAGGACGAACUUUUUUUUAAAUUAGCAUACUCUUAUUUCAGGAAACUUUUUAGGAGUCGAGCAGCAGAAAUAUCUGGUGGAAGAUAUGCUGUCAAAACGUUUGUUUUCCAGUGACCGUCGAGACAAAUGACCAACACACGGUGUAAUCAGACAGAUGUGUUGCAGAAACGAGGCGAUCCAGGAAUCUCAAAACAUGCCAAUCCAGUUUUUCCUACAAGACUUUUCUCCCAGCAGUCGUUACGAUUGAGUUACAGCAGAGGGAAGGAUUUAGCUGCGGGUAAGAGGAGGACACAGGAGAAGUUCUGUAACCCAGUCAGCAGUUAGAAAUCCUUGGAUUUAUCCAACAGCAGACUUCCUCUGGACAGGACCACAACAACAGAGACAACCAAGCAGUGGAUUAACUGUAAUCCUAUCUGGGUCUCCUUGCAGCAAACCAACACCUGCAUCAGAAAAUCACAAGACAAACAAAACCACUCAAAGUGAGCUGCAGCACAUGACCUCUCUGGGUCACUUCCUCAGUAACCGCCCAGACUUCAGCUGGCAACCACUCUAUUAUGGAACCGCAGCGUGAUACACUCGGCAAAAAGCUAUUUUUUAAUGUUGUAGUAGGAUGAACAAAAGCAACAAAGGACUAAAAGGAUGAAGCUAAGAUUUGAGCUGCAGGGAGAUUGUUGCCAGAGAGAAGAAAAAACCCCUGAAACUUACGAGAAGAAGAAUGAAAAAAGUAGCAAUGAUUUGAGUUUUCUUUGGCAAAAUCCUUGAGAGAUUACAGGCCGGCUAUGCUGCUCUGCUUCGGGAGUCGGAGGCGAACUCGACACCUCUCAGUCCAGUGGAGCGAAAAGGACGGUUUGCUCCAAGAUGAGACCCAGUUCAUUCCAAACCCCUGCUUCCUAGACACAGGUAACAAGCUGCACAGUCAGUCUAACUCAAGAGCUGAUGGUAGUACUCCCUGGAAAGAAAGAAUUUCUCUCAUUUGCGUGAAUGCGUGUUUUGAGGCACGUGCUGAAAAGUUUCUGGCAAAAUUCUUACGUUUUUCUUUGUUGUCACACCGGCUCAGCUAAAGUUACUUCCUUGUAGAUCAAAUGAACGGAGUGAGUCGUGGAAAUAAUCAUUUCAUCUUUUAAGGGUGUUGUCUGAAAAAGGUUAACAUUAUGCUGCUUUGAGUAUCAUUGCUCUGCAGGAGGCAUGUCAGCAUCUCGAUUUUCAUUUUGCAAUUAGCCCAGAAAAGCCACUUAGCUGUUUGUGUGACUCUGGGCCAAGUUCCUGAACGUAUAAACUAAACACAUUAAUUAAUUUAAACUAGCAUUAAACUUUGUUUCCAUGGGUACCGGAUGAUUAAAAAUGCAUUUUUUAAAUAUAGUAUCUCCAUACGUCCGUGCUAGUUGAGAUGUUCUCUAAUUGCCCACAUAGGGGCAGUGUUCCUGCCCCAACUACACUAGACCAAAAAUCUGGACUGAUUCAAACUCCUAAAUGACCUCUCCAUGUCAACCCAUGUGCACAUCAGAGCACCACACCUCUGGUAAAAUAACAUUAGUAUUGCUUUGGAUUUCAGAAAUCCAGCACACUCAGUUUCUUGGUGAAAUUAGAGGCUGCACAAGCUCAUGCCAAGAUGUGGAAAAUGUCCUUUUACAUAAUGUACAGUGAGCCGUUUUCAGCAUGGUAGCCAUCAGUGCUUUAGAGAGAAUACAAUUUCCUCACCAUAAAUAGCUGGAAUUAAGCUUCGGCUCUCCCACUGAGCGUGGGCAGCAGGGGGAGGCGCAUGGAGUGUGGUGUGUGGCUGGUCUGAUUUAUUGUUCUCAUAUGUGCUGGAAUAACAUAUUAGGGAACUCUUAGCUUGUGACUAUGGUCAGACUCAAAAUUGGACUAUUUGAAGCUAUCAGUCUGAGCUAGAUGAUGUAAAAUAACAAAGAAAUGGCCAAAUGUCAGAAAUCAACAAAGUUUUUGAUUUAUUACGCUUCCUUUUUUUAAAUUCUUCUGGUAAGAAAUGGUAAAUAGUGCCCUUCCUGUGAUUUGCUGUGAUCAGAAGACAACAUGUCCAUUCAUGGCUGGUUGUUGACUCCUAACUGUCAUAUUCACUUUUUUUUAUAUAUCUCUUGGUGGUGGGGGUUCAUUAGCAUUGCAGAAAUCAUAUGGGUGUGUUUAAUGCUCCUGGGAUCCACUCCUUGUUUUCCAUGUGUCCCAGGGGUUGGAAGGCAGCUGAAAGUUCAAACAGAGACACACUCCCUCAUGCUCUGCAUGGCAAGAGCUCAGAGAUUAAGGGGUUUGUCUGCACCACAAACAGCAAGCAUUACUCAGGAGGCAAAACAGGAGGAAGAAACCAAAAGGAGACCCUUUUUUUUUGUCGUUGUGGGUUUUUAUAAAUCUUUUUUCAGAUAUAGCAUUGUUACUAAAUAGGCCUUAAGGAACCAUCUUUUUUUUUCUUUUAAAAGGGAGAAUGUUUUUGUUGGACAGCCUGUUGGGAAUUUCAACGUGAAGAGAAAACGGCUACAAACUAAAUAAGUCUGCUGCGUAAAGGAGCCCGAGGAUGCAGGUGGUACAGAGGCUUUGCACUAACUUGUUUGAAGUUUUUCUCGUGUCAAAGGUGAAGGAUUAAGCCUGGCAUUGGAAUCUAGGCUUCAAAUGAAUGACUUAUGUGCUGACUCUCAACUCCCAGUAUGGGAAUGGCCUGUGUACACGUUUAUUGUAGAGUGUGAAUGAGAAAGUGUGUGCGGAUUCAUUUGAGUCCGGUGUGAUGCUCUUUCUAAGCAGUGGGACAGCGGAUGGAACCCAGAGGAGUAAUAUUAGUGGAAACCUGGAGCAUGAGAGAGCUGUCUACCGUGUAUCUGUGAUCCUUAAAGACACACAAGGACAUGCCGCUGUGUCAGAACCAGAAAUGGGCUGCGUCACUCACAACCUGGUGGAGAACUGCCAGCCGAAAGGAGAGAUGAUGAAUCUGGUGCCAAUGGACAACAGCCCCAGGCUGGGCAGGGCUCAACAGGAGUUCAACAGGUGGCCCUCCUUAGGCAGCGCAAGCAGAGCAAGGAGGCAAAGGAGAGAGGAGGCAGUUCUGGAGGAGAAUGAGAAGGAGGUGGAGGGAAGAAUGAAGACGGACAGGUUUUUUAAAAAAAACUCCAAGAACUCCUUGCAACACCACGGGGACGGGGCAGGGCUAACAGCUCCGACAGGCUACCAGAAGCAAACUAUUCCGAGUUUGUCGUCACGCUCUGUCACCGUCCUUGGUGAGGGACUUGUCCUCAGGGAUCAUGAAACCGUUUCAGAGCACAGAUCUUUGCCGAGGGCCUUUUUACGUAGGCCCCAACAGGAUGAAGCUACGCUCAGCCGGAGAACCAUGAGCAUGUAUGGAGGAGCAGAAGAACAGCAAAGUGAUUCUAAACUGGAACAAGAAAGACGGCUGAGGAGGCCGAGGAGUGUUUGCAUGCUGGCAGGACCAGUUCCAGUCCCAUCAGAACCCACAGCCCAGCAACCGUUUAAGAGGACUGGCGUUUUGGAACCGCACCAACAACACAGGAGCAGGAAGGAUGAAUUGAGGACAGUGGAAGGCUCCGAUUCUGUGGCUCAUUGGCCAACAGAACCUUCGGGCGUGAUCUUUCGGGGUCGUCAAAGGCGCUGGAGGUCCAGACCAGUCAGUAUGACAGUACUGGAACUGAGAAAGAAAGGCUCUGAUGAGGAAUUGGACAGCCAGAGGAACUGUGGCAACCCAGGCAGUGAUGGAGGAGGAUUUCUCAGAGGGGGCUUUCCCUGGAGAUUUUUUAGCAGAACACCUCAGGAUAAAAGCAAGGAGAAGGACACGGACCAAGAGGCUCAAACGUCUCAAAAGUCCAUCAGAAAUGAUGCUUCAAGGAGCACGUUCAGCUCUUUAAGGCGGAGCUUCAGCAUGCGGAUCAGGAGGACUCGGACUCGUGAAAAAAUCAAUUUGGGGUUCGAGGGUGAGUCAAAGGACAACUCUCAAGUCAAAAGUGCUGCUGAGGAGACGGAAAUGCCUCCACGUCCUUUCUCAUAUCUCACAGGAAGAACACUUCCGGCGUCCAGCGAGCACAUAGAUGAUGGAGGAACACAGUGCAUUCAGUACCACAGCAAGGGGAAGUCCCAGGUUAUGGAGGUACCCCUGUAUCCCACAAAACUCACUUCCAAACCAGUCCAGGAAGAAAAGAGCUUAUGGCAACUCAUAGCUAACCGUUUCAGGAGGAAAGAGCAGCCGUUCAAACGUGAAUCCCAGCAGCUCCAGAGCAAAGACAGUGAGCAGUAUUCCCAGCCUGGGAAGAAAAAGCCACCUCCAAUCACCAUAGAGACUCUGGCGGGAACUGGCUUCCUCAGAGGUCAAGAUUCUUUUGUCAACAGCCAGGAAUGGACACUGAGUCGAUCCGUUCCAGAGCUGAAAGUGGGCAUUGUGGGAAAUCUGUCCAGUGGGAAAUCUGCCUUGGUGCAUCGGUACUUGACAGGCACGUAUGUGCAGGAGGAGUCUCCUGAAGGUGGACGUUUCAAGAAGGAAAUUGUGGUGGAUGGACAGAGCUAUCUGCUGCUCAUCAGAGAUGAAGGAGGCCCUCCAGAAUUGCAGUUCGCCGCCUGGGUGGAUGCUGUGGUUUUCGUCUUCAGCCUGGAGGAUGAGAUCAGCUUUCAGACGGUCUACAAUUACUUCCUGCGCCUAUCCAGCUACAGAAACACAGCUGAGGUGCCCAUGGUCCUCGUUGGAACACAAGACGCAAUCAGUGCUGCCAACCCCAGAGUGAUCGAUGACGCUCGAGCUAGAAAGUUGUCAAACGACCUGAAGCGCUGCACGUACUACGAGACCUGCUCCACCUACGGCCUGAACGUGGAGAGAGUCUUCCAGGAUGUUGCCCAGAAGGUUGUGGCCAUGAGGAAAAAGCAGCAGCUCUCUAUUGGUCCUUGUAAAUCCCUCCCUAAUUCUCCCAGCCACUCAUCAGUGCCGGCUGCAUCCAUCCCCUCUGUUCACAUCAACCAGGCAGCCAAUGGCGGGGGAGCAUUCAGCGACUACUCCUCCUCCGUCCCCUCCACCCCCAGCAUAAGUCAGCGGGAGAUGCGCAUUGAGACCAUCGCUGCCUCCAACACGCCCACGCCCAUCCGCAAGCAGUCCAAGCGCCGUUCCAACAUUUUCACAUCGCGGAAAGGCAGUGAGCAGGCAAAGAGCGUUGAGAGUAAAACAGACAGCAUAGGCAGUGGAAGGGCCAUACCUAUCAAACAGGGAAUCCUUCUGAAGCGAAGUGGCAAAUCCCUCAACAAGGAGUGGAAAAAGAAAUACGUCACACUGUGUGAUAAUGGCGUCCUCACUUACCACCCCAGCUUACAUGACUACAUGCAGAACGUGCACGGGAAGGAGAUCGACUUGUUGAGGACAACAGUGAAGGUGCCUGGGAAACGACCGCCCAGAGCAGUGUCCACCGUGGCACCCAGUGCCAGUCCCAAAACCAACGGGCUGACCAAGGACGGCAGCGCCCUUCAGCUUGGCGUCACAGGUGCGACUCACUCCAACAGCAGCAUUUCUCUGCAGAUGGGCGGGUCGGCAUUUGGCGGCAGCAAGGACGGCAUGCACCAGCGUUCCUUCUCCGUGUCCAGCGCCGACCAGUGGAAUGAAGCCAUCAACACCAGUACAAGCAGCGUAGCACCAAACGGGAUGAAUGAUCCGGCAAAUUCCAGCAUGGGCAGCGCCACGAGUCCGAAACUGGAGCCACCUCCUUCUCCACACGCCAACCGCAAGAAACACAGGCGGAAAAAGAGCACAGGCAUCACAAAGCCAGAUGGCUUAUCUGCAGGAAAUGAUGAACAAGAAGACUCCUUCGAGUUCAUUAUUGUGUCGCUGACGGGUCAGACGUGGAACUUUGAAGCUUCUACGUACGAGGAGAGAGAGCUUUGGGUCCAAGCUAUCGAGAGCCAGAUCUUCGCCAGCCUGCAGUCAUGUGAGAGCAUCAAGAACAAGUCUCGGUUAGGGAGCCAAAGUGAUGCAAUGGCCAUUCAGUCCAUAAGGAACGUGAGGGGGAACAGCUUCUGUGUGGACUGUGAUGCACCCAACCCAGACUGGGCCAGUUUGAACCUGGGUGCCCUGAUGUGCAUCGAGUGUUCAGGCAUCCACCGGAACCUGGGCACCCACCUGUCCCGCGUGCGCUCCCUAGACCUGGAUGACUGGCCGGUGGAGCUCAGCAUGGUGAUGACAGCAAUCGGCAAUGCCAUGGCCAACAGUGUGUGGGAGGGCGCUCUGGAGGGAUACACCAAGCCGGGGAACGACAGCACCAGGGAGCAGAAGGAGAGCUGGAUCCGGGCCAAGUACGAGCAGAAGCUGUUCCUGCUGGGGCUGCCCCAGUCCGACGUUCCUCUGGGGCAGCAGCUGCUCCGAGCGGUGGUGGAGGAUGACCUGAGGUUGGUGGUGUUGCUGCUGGCCCACGGCACCAAAGAGGAAGUCAACGAGACUUACGGGGAUGGAGACGGACGCACCGCAUUGCACCUCUCGUGUGCCAUGGCCAAUGUUGUCAUCACGCAGCUGCUCAUCUGGUACGGAGUGGAUGUGAAAAGUCGGGAUGCCCGUGGCCAGACGCCGCUGUCCUACGCCCGUCGAGCAGGAAGCCAGGAGUGCGUCGACAUUUUGCUUCAACACGGCUGCCCCAACGACUCCAGCAGCCUGACCUCCGCGCCCACGUCCAACAUAAGCCUCCGAAACCCCAACAUCAACAACAACAACGCCCAGUGUGAUCUCAACCGCAGCAUCAGCAUCAUGUAGAAGCCAGAACUCAACUCUGUUUCUCUUCUUGGUACUUCCACCUCUGUUUCACUGUGUAACCCAGAACCAGAACGAAAGGAGAGAUGCCAGGAAAAAUCAACACACUGUUGAUAAUUCACUGCGUUGCAGGCUUGAAUCUGUAUAUUGUACAUUUAUUAUUGUAUUAUUUUUAAUUCAUUUUGUUUUGUAACUUUAUUCAGACUUGGUCUGAUGGGAUCAUGAUCAGCUUUAAGUUUUUUUAAGCAUCAACCAAACUAGCGAGGCUUCCUUCUGGCAUUCGUCCCUAAAGAACAGUAAAGAAAAAAAUCCUUACUGUUUUAAACAUGUCCUAUCACGUCUUCUCUUCUUUAGUGGCGUGAGUUAAGUUUUAUAGUAUAAACCUCCUUCGAAGUCCUAAGCCUCAGCACCAUAAUACAAAAAAUGUAAAAAAAAAAAAAAAAAUGGAUUGAAAUGCCGAUCUGGAGACAAACUAAAUCUCUAACAAUAGCUGCCACAGCUCUCAUAAUGAUGCAUGUGUUCGACACAGCCAUCAAACUCUUUCGUGCUAUUCAUAUACAAAGGCAAAGCAAUUAUAGUUAAAGAGGCCAAAUGAUUUAGAUACUUAAUUCACAGGGAAAUGGAUUCGGAUCAUCAUAAAGGAGCUGAUUGCAGAAUUCCUAUUGGGUUGGAAGUGAGUCAUUUUCUUCACCCACAAUCCUUCAGUAAAAAGUGUCCGUGACUACGGAGGGAUUCAGGGGCAAAAUGUUUUACCACUAUUAAGCCACAUGGCUUUGUAAGCGUGCCUCUUCAAUCAGAAUUCAUUCACAUUCAAAGGUUUGAUUGGAGCCGUGAAAUUCUUCCAUUAUGAUCUCUUUGUUGGAAUAAUUUUACGAUGAGUUUUGUUGGUAAUUGUUCUACGUAUUCGCUUUAGUUCCAACCAGAAGAUCCAGAAAACACCCGUUAGCCUCCUGUGGCUAAAAGAUGGGACACCGGUACUUUAUGGAUCAUAUCUGCUGUUGACUCUGUGAUAUGUGUGUGUGUGUGUGUGUGUGUGUGUGUGUGUGUGUGUGUGUGUGUGGUGUGUGUGUGUGUGUGUGUGUGUGUGUGUGUGUGUGUGUGUGUGUGUGUGUGUGUGUGUGUGUGUGUGUGUGUGUGUGUGUGUGUGUGUGUGUGUGUGUGUGUGUGUGUGUGUGUGUGUGUGUGUGUGUGUGUGUGUGUGUGUGUGUGUGUGUUUGAACUUAAUGCGAUUCAGUAAAUGUGCGCAGCAGUUACUGAGCACCCGGGCAUUUCUGUUUUAUAUAAAGGACACUCGAGACGAGACGGUGAAGAUUCGGGAACAAAACUGUGUUUUAUUGUACAAAUAUUUGUAAAAAGUAGUUUUGUUCUGUUGCCUUAUUUCUUUUAAGAGCAGUUUGAACCUUCUCAGACUUGUCAAUAUAACGUAUCCUUCUUUCAUCCAUGAGAAUUCCCCAUGAAGAGCAGGCAAUAAAAGGGAUUUCAGUCAGCGACAGGUCUAUAGAGGGAUGUAUGCUAAGUUUGUAUUUUGUUUUUUAUUUAUAAAACUGUACAGUAUUCCACAGCCACUUUUUUUCCUUUAAGUUGGGAUUAAAAAACAACUUCAGGUGCAACUUUUGUUUGAUUUUGAUGAAACAAGUCAAUUUUAAUGAGUUUACAAAGGCGGGAUUAUUUGUUUACAGAAGGAGACAUCACAUGGUACCUAAUCUGCAAUAAUUUUGCUGUGAGCCAACUCAAAGUGUAUAUGUAGUCAAAAGAGGAAGAAGCAAUGUUGUGAAGGAACCGGUAUAUUUGACUUUUUUCCUGCUUAAAUCCAGUAUAAGGAAAACAAAAUCUAGAAAAGUUUUCUUUCAUACGCUACAAAAAAACCUUCUUCCUGCUUUCAUUUCAUAGGAAAUGAAUCUACGCUCCACAUGAAAAUUAGGUUAGCUAAAACAUAUUCUAACAUUCUUUUCCUUUUGCAGUCCAUCUUCCACUUUUACUUUAGAAAUAUGUGUCGCCAAAGAAGAAUUAGCAACUUUUCCUGCAGGAUUUCCUGCCUUUUCCUCAAGUGUUACAUCUUGUGUACUUCAACUGCUUUAGUAGAACUGCUAAAAGGAGUGAAAUCUUUUUAAAAGACCUGUGAUUAGCUGUUUCAUCACAACAAGAACCCUCAAUUGCCUAAAAAUAGAAACAAAUUCAUGCUUAUUCUCUGCCCACUUGAAAAAAAAUAGUUUAUGGUUGAAUUUUUGUCCAUUAGUGCCAAAAUUCUUGAUCGUAAUGAAUUAUUUUUUUUUUUUACAGAUUAAACAACCUUAAAACACACAAAUUUUAAGUUGAAUCAACCUUUUUUUUAUCUAACUUUAAAAUAGAUUAGCAAAAUUCCCCAAAACUGAAAAAUUAAAGCCACAAACCUUUUAUUAUUAUUUUUUUAAUCGUACUGUAAUAUCAGCCUUAUUUCUGAUAAUGACUUGACCAACUUAUUCCACUGAGUACAUUUAACUGUCCAGCGGGAUAAAGGCAGAGUUGAACCCUUAUUUGCUUACCGUAGACGAGGAAGGGAAAACACUAGAAGCCUGCCUGAUUGAACACAAACACAAUAUGAAGUGUAAAUAUUAGCUUAAUGUUUUUUAUCUAAAGAUAAAAACCUCCUGGAGAAACAAACUGAACUGGUUUUGGUACUCUAGAUCCAUAAACCUCAUUUUGAUAUGUUGUUUGUGUUUCUCUUUAGGUGUAUUUUUUAGAUGCUCUGUUUGACUUUAACUGACCAUCUUUGGUACUUGUGUAUAAUGAUGUACAUUUGACAUAUUUAUAAUGCCGUUUGUAAAUAUCUUUAAUUGUGUUUGUUUUGUUUGCCUUUUCCUAUUGUUUCCUUUUUCUUUUUGUUCAGAGCGUGAAACAAAGCAAAGGCUAAAGAGUAACAUGUUGUAUGCUUGGAUGCUUGGCUGACUGUUGACCUAUUAAUAAACACUCAAAUAAAACAAUGUAGCCUUCCCUGAGUUUGGGGAAUCUGA